CUUUUCUUUUCUAUUCUCUCACCAACACCGCCUCUUUUCUUCUCCUUCUUCUUACUUUCUUUCUCUUCCUUUUCUUCUUCAUAUUCGUAUUCAUGUUAUUAUUCAUUCUCUUCUUUUCUUCACACCGCAUGAUUUCAGUUUCCAUCGUCAGAUGAACAAUAAUAAUCAUUUCAACGCAAGAGGAGUAGAUCUUCUAACUCGGGCGAGUUCACCCACCGAGUCAUCAUCACGCCACCACCACCCUAUGCAUAUGCAGGAAGGUGUUAGGGCAACAGAAACAAUGAAGACAACAGAGUGGACAGAUGAGAAACACAGCAUGUAUCUGAAAUCAAUAGAAGCAUCUUUUGUUAAUCAGUUAUAUGAUUCUAAGCACAUUCCAAGAAAACCACCUUCUAACCAUAAUCCUCCUUCCACUUCUGGCCAGUUCAAGGUUCUUCAACGUGGAUGCUGGCAAAAGAUAAAUUUUGAGAGGGAGAAUCCACAUUUGAUUAGGAAUAACAACAAUAAUAAUCAUCAUCAAUGCCAUGAUUUAACAUCAAAUCCAUGGAUUCAGCACUACAGAUGUCAAAGCAAACAGAGAGGUGCAGUUCCAUCCCUUCAAGAAAGUGUUACUUCAACAAACAAAGUUGUUGAUUUAAUCCAUCAAAGGAAGAAUCAUGGAGAUUCCUCUGUUAUACCAAGGCAGCAGCACCUUCAUUUGUCUCAUCAUAUCUGCCAUGAAGACAUGCUUUCUAGUGAUACAGAGGUGUCAGAUCAGAACUUUGUUGAUGAACAAGUGGAAGAGGAAAAGGAAAUCAAAAGAAACAAAGUCAAGAGGCAGAGAGCUUCAACAAUUGAUGAAAAAGGCAAUGAUCAGAUGGUUCCAAACAAAUCUUCUUCUACAGGUGGUGGUGCCAAGAAUUGGUUUCAUGCUACUUAGAACAUGAAGAAUUUUUUAUCUCAGAAACUAUGAGAGUAUUUAUUUUGUAAGAGGCUGUAACAAAAUUUCUAAUGGCAAUGCAUGAUCUUAUUCUUAGGAAGCAGAGAAAAUUUGAGGUCUUUGUAACCAUAAUUUCGAAGAUAAAAUGUUUCAUAUGUAUGUAUAUGUGUAUGCAUGCUUUAGUUUUGGAGGAGAUGGUUUGUUAGCUUUUGUAAAUAGAGCCUUUAAUAACUUCUGUAUUUUUUUUGUGUUUAUUAAUAUUUAUGAUUGUGGUUACUGGUUA